UGUCGCUCCCUGCCAUACCCUACACAUGAGCAACACCUUCGCUCACAAACAUUUAUUCAUCACAUGUAUUGUGCGUUGUUUUUCUCUCAGACCGUUGCUCGCCAAACGCCAAACGCCUGGUGUUGUAAGGAAAAGUUUGUGACAGCUUCUUCCUUGGAGUGACAGUCUGCCGCAUCUCGUUGGAGUCUUGUGGCGAAUCCUGUAUUUAUUUAUUUUAUUUUUAUUUUUAUUUUAUUUUUCUUUAGUCCUUCCUCAGUACUUUGACCUCGUAUCUCCACCACCUGGUCCUGCUGCAUUAAAAACGCAGUCUGACCGGAGCUCCUUCACCCCACCGAGAGCCACCAUGAGAACCUGGAGGCGGCGGAGGAACUUUGCCUUUCUGAUCCUCGCUCUCCGCUUCUGGUGCCUGUCCACGGCAACAGAAAAUUCUGACAAGACGGUUAACAACACGCAGGGAGGAAGUAGUCCAGACAAGGCUAAACAGCGUGGGGAAGCAACCAAAGCAGAACGCCACGGGACCACCGUACCUCUGCUGCUGAAGGGCAAGGAGUGCAGACCUCUCAGCCAGCUCACUGCCGGGAGUUAUCCUGCGUCUCUCCAGCUGCUGGUACAUGCAGAGGGUGAACAGCUGAUACUGAUGCUGGAGAAAAACGAGGGUCUUUUUGCAAGCCAUUACACCGAGACACAUUACCGAGAGGAUGGAAGUGCAGUCACCGGUGCUCACAACUUCACGAAUAACUGCUACUACCAUGGGAAAGUGCAGGCGCAUCCAAACUCUGAUGUCACCCUCAGCACCUGCUCAGGCGUUCGAGGCUUCAUCGCACUUGAAAACAAGACAUUCAUCAUUGAGCCGGUGUCUGGCCAAGACACAGGCUCCCACUUCAUCUACCGAGUGGAAGAACUCAGACUGACACCAGGAGCCUGUGGCCACGGCUUCAACAUGUCCUCUGUUGCUCCUGAAAACUACAUCAAAAGCCCCUUCCAGUCCUUCCACUCGAGGCAUAAAAGGCAUGCUCAGAAGACAACCAAAUACGUCGAGCUGAUCAUUGUCGCAGACAACAGAGAGUUUCAGAAACAGGGGAAGGACGUGGACAAGGUGAAACAAAGACUGGCAGAGAUAGCCAAUUAUGUGGACAAGUUCUACAGAGCCCUGAACAUCCGGGUGGCACUGGUGGGCCUGGAGGUGUGGAGUGACUCUGAUAAAUGUCCCAUCACCCAGGAUCCCUUCACCACCCUGCACGAGUUCCUAGACUGGAGGAAAGUCAAACUGCUGCCCCAGAAACCUCACGACAAUGCUCAGCUCAUAAGCGGGGUUUACUUCCAGGGCACCACCAUUGGCAUGGCGCCCAUUAUGAGCAUGUGCACAGUUGAGCAGUCUGGAGGCAUUGUCAUGGAUCACUCUGAGAACCCACUGGGUGCUGCUGUGACUUUGGCGCACGAACUGGGACACAAUUUUGGUAUGAACCACGACACCCCAGAGCGUGGCUGUGGCUGCAGGAUGACCGUCGAUCGUGGAGGAUGCAUCAUGACCCCCUCCACAGGAUAUCCAUUCCCAACUGUGUUCAGUACAUGCAGUAAGAAGGACCUUGCUGCCAGUCUGGAGAAAGGCGUGGGCAUGUGUUUGUACAACAUGCCUGAGGUCAAGGUGCUCUACGGUGGGCAGAAGUGCGGCAAUGGCUACGUGGAGGAGGGAGAGGAGUGCGACUGCGGAGAGCCAGAGGAAUGUAUGAACCCAUGCUGCAACGCCACCACAUGCACCCUAAAGGGAGACGCCGUGUGCGCCCACGGACAGUGCUGUGAAGACUGCAGGCUCAAACCGGCUGGCACCCUGUGUCGAGAGUCCAGUAACUCCUGUGACCUGCCAGAGUUCUGUACUGGUGCCAAUCCUCACUGCCCAGCUAACGUUUACCUGCAUGAUGGGCACGCCUGCCACAACGUUGAAGGCUACUGUUACAACGGCAUCUGCCAGACUCACGAGCAGCAAUGCAUCACCCUGUGGGGACCAGGAGCCAAGCCUGCCCCUGGGAUCUGUUUUGAGCGAGUCAACUCUGCAGGGGACCCUUAUGGGAACUGUGGGAAGGACUCCAAAGGCUCCUUUGCCAAAUGUGAUGCGAGGGAUGCAAAGUGUGGUAAAAUUCAAUGCCAGGGAGGAGCCAACCGACCAGUGAUCGGAACGAACGCUGUUUCCAUUGAAACCAACAUCCCCCUCCAAGAAGGAGGGCGUAUUCUGUGUCGAGGAACACACGUGUACCUGGGUGAUGACAUGCCUGACCCUGGGCUGGUUCUGGCUGGUACAAAGUGUGGAGACGGCAUGGUGUGCCUGAAUCGGCAGUGCCAGAAUGUCAGUGUCUUUGGUGUGCAUGAGUGCUCUGGGAAGUGCAAUGGACGUGGGGUGUGCAACAACAAGAAGAACUGCCACUGUGAAGCACACUGGGCGCCUCCGUUCUGUGAGAAAGGCGGCUUCGGUGGGAGCAUUGACAGCGGGCCAAUGAGACUAGCAGCCGACAGUGUGGUCAUUAUUGUGGCAAUCCUGGUUACCCUGGUCAGCCUUCUGGUAGCCACCGUAAUCAUCUUUCUGAAGAGGAAGACUCUACUGCGGCUCCUGUUCACCAAUAAGAAGAGCACAUUGGAGAAACUCAGAUCUGUGGAGGCCAACAGGCCGACCAGUCCCAUAAGGACUCAGUCCAUGUACAGGCCCACACCUCAGCGUAAACCUCCACCCAAACCCUCUGGAGCCAGCAUUUAUAAGCCAUCUCUCCUGGGCGCCGAGCCUCUUCUCCCUCCACACAACUUCCACUCUCACAGCCUGCGCAGACUGCCCCUCUACCAGCCCCUGCACAUCAGCCAGCCCAUGCCGGUGUCUCUGAGUGUGGGCCAGCCCACCCUGCCUCCUCUCCCAGCCCACCACAGGGUCCUGCCUGCCCACACGUCCCUCUCGCCACCUCGAGUGCCGCCUUUUCUCAGUUUGCCUCGCCAGCAGUCAUCGUACAGAGUAGACCAGGACUUUGAGAAGCCCAGUCCACCCCAGAAACCCCUACCUGCAGACCCAAUAGGAAGGAGCUCUCGGCUAGGUCAAAGUGCCACAGCAGCAGGGGUCCACAUCCCCGGCACUGGACCCCUUCCCAUACCUAUCCCCACUGUACCCAGGCCUCCACCCACUAUCCCUCUACCCAGCAGACCUGUGCCAGUGUUGCCCUACAGACCACCAAAGACUCAUAAGGACUGCUGAGUUCUUGACGUCAUGGACGAAUAGAUCUCCUGUUAACAGAUGGAAACUUGCUUGAUUUGCACUAAUUACUGAGACUCUUUUAGACCUUUCGGACAAUUGGAAGCGUCGCAGGGUUUCUAGUGAAAAGGGGGCUAACAUCUCAGUGCUAUGCCUCCAAAAGGUGCUUUGUUGUCCUCGCUCAGGUACCAAUGAACUAUUUAUCUAUUUAACUAUUUAACUUCAGUAUCACCAGUUUGUGCACAGGGCACUCCGAUGAAGAGUGAUUUUCCCCACAGAAAAGUUUCGAAAAGAAAGAAACAGUGUCAUUUAGAAUAUUUCUUUUGCAUUCUUUGGUGAUUUUUAUACUUUUUUUUUCUCAAAUGCAAUGCUGACUUUUUUUUUUUUUAAUUAACUAGUGAAGUAGCUUGAAUAAUAGAACCACAAAAAAGUUUGUUUUUGGUCUUAAAUGAGGAUAAUAAGGGAAAUGGAGCACAACUUGGCAAGUUGUCAGCAAAGCUUUUGGGCCAAAGAGCAAAGUUAUUUAUUCAGUUUUUCACAUUUUUAUGAUGUAUUGAAUACCAAGUACAUCUUUUAUAUCCAUGCCACCACGGUGCUAAAAAAAAAAAGAUUAAUCAAACCAUUUUUUUUUCUUAAAUACAGUACGGAAAAUACAACAGUUUUCUAGCAGCAUAAUCUAAAAGCUGGAUUGAAAUAGCUGAACUUAUAUUAAAGCAUCGGAGCAGCUCAUUUUACAGUCUCACAGUCAAGUCUCUUUUAUUUCCUUAUAAGUUCACUCUCGCAGUAAAGUACAAACAGGAAAAGCGCUUUUCACACAUUUUUGACACACUGCUCGCGGCAUGUGUUGGACGCUCAGCAUGUUCUCCCAAUACUGGCAGACACUACAGAGCCUCAACAGAUCUGACAGACUGAUUGUGUUCCAGAGAAUUACACCAACUCCAAAUAAUUCAACAUUAACUCCGGUGUUUGUAUGUUUAACAUUUACGCUCACUUUGUCCUUGAGUGUGCGAGCCAAGUUGAAUGACUUCAGCGCUGUGAGCUUUCCAAACUCCUCCUCGCCCAUGUCCAACAAGAUGUUUUACCAUAUCUGUCCCGUCCUUUUCUUUUUUCUCUCUUUUUUUUGCCUUCAUAACAUUCCAUUUUGAUUUUGUACUGCCUUGUUAUUCUUGAACUCUGAUUAUACAUGCACUCCCAGCAUUGUUCAUUAGAUUCAGAGCUUGCCGUUGCACUUUGAGUUAGGCACUUUCCUUGAUGUUAUUCGUUGUUGACUUGCUGUUAUACAAGGAGGGAUUCAGCUGUUAAAAAACUUUACGGUGCAGUUCUUUUCCCUGUGUCAGUGUUCACUUUGGAUAAUGCAUUCUGUAUUUGCAGUGUAUCCACUUGCAGUACUUGUCUUCUCACCACUGCAGAAUGAUUGAAGUCAGUAAAGCCCUGCAUACCUGCAUUGCAUCCGUGUACAUAAGAGGGCAAGUAAUGCUUUUUUUUCUUGCUUUGGAAGUGUUCACGUGUUCAACGAUCAGAGUAACUGCUCUCUGUUGGGAAAAAAAAAAUUGUUAGUGGUGUGUCAGUUAGUCGUUAAAUGUUUAUGCCAUUUGUAAAUCCUAAAUGUACGGUGUUUAUUUGCAUAACUGUAACAUUGUAAAGUGUAAAUAUUGUAUGUCAGUAAUCAUUUCUCUUCUUUUUAUGUUCUUUUUUUACAAGCACAGUAAAAUAAGAACUGCUUUGAGGCCGUUCACCGUUUACACUAGGUGGUGAAAUCCUAGUGUAUUUUGAAACUUUUAACCUAUGAGUUGUAGGCCAGAGACAAAUGUUUCAGGAUAACAUUUAAGCUGAGAGAUUUGAUUGAUGAAAUCAGAGCCAAA